GCGGCGCGGCGGGAGCGGCGAGGGCGCCCGGCGUAGGCGGCGGCGUGGGCCGCGGUAUUUAUAGCCGGGUGACAGCAGCGCGCCGCGGCCCGUGUCGCCGCUCGUCCUGCGUCCGCCGCCACGGUGGCCCAGCCGCGCGCCCUCCGGCCAAGCAGCAUCGAAGGCCUGAAGGAUGGGUAAAGACUUCCGCUACUAUUUCCAGCAUCCUUGGUCUCGCAUGAUCGUGGCUUACCUGGUCAUCUUCUUUAAUUUCUUGAUAUUCGCGGAGGACCCAGUUUCUCACAGCCAGACAGAAGCCAAUGUUAUUGUUGUUGGAAACUGCUUUUCAUUUGUAACAAAUAAAUACCCUAGAGGAGUUGGCUGGAGGAUGUUGAAGGUGCUUCUAUGGCUACUGGCCAUUCUCACAGGACUGAUCGCUGGCAAGUUUCUGUUCCAUCAGCGCUUAUUUGGUCAACUGCUCCGGUUAAAAAUGUUCCGUGAAGACCAUGGGUCGUGGAUGACAAUGUUCUUCAGCACAAUUCUCUUCCUCUUCAUCUUCUCUCACAUCUACAACACGGUUCUCCUGAUGGACGGGAACAUGGGAGCGUAUAUCAUUACGGACUACAUGGGCAUCCGCAACGAGAGCUUCAUGAAACUCGCUGCUGUUGGAACCUGGAUGGGGGACUUCGUCACAGCCUGGAUGGUCACCGAUAUGAUGCUGCAAGACAAGCCCUACCCUGACUGGGGGAAGUCGGCACGAGCUUUCUGGAAGAAAGGCAACGUUAGGAUCAUUCUAUUCUGGACUGUGCUCUUCACCCUGACUUCUGUCGUGGUACUUGUCAUCACAACCGACUGGAUCAGCUGGGACAAACUGAACCGUGGAUUUUUGCCCAGCGAUGAGGUGUCCAGAGCUUUCCUUGCUUCCUUCAUCUUGGUCUUUGACCUCCUUAUUGUGAUGCAGGACUGGGAGUUCCCACACUUCAUGGGAGAUGUUGAUGUGAAUCUCCCUGGCUUGCACACGCCUCACAUGCAGUUCAAGAUUCCCUUCUUCCAGAAGAUCUUCAAAGAGGAAUACCGCAUUCACAUAACAGGUAAAUGGUUUAACUAUGGAAUUAUCUUCCUCGUCUUGAUUUUGGACCUCAAUAUGUGGAAGAACCAAAUAUUUUAUAAGCCCCAUGAAUACGGACAGUAUAUUGGCCCGGGGCAGAAGAUAUACACAGUGAAAGACUCUGAGAGCCUAAAGGAUUUGAACAGAACCAAGCUAUCCUGGGAAUGGAGAUCCAACCACACCGAUCCUCACACUAACAAAACCUACGUUGAGGGAGACAUGUUCUUGCACAGCAGGUUCACAGGAGCUAGCCUCGACGUCAAGUGUCUGGCAUUUGUUCCCAGCUUGAUAGCUUUUGUGUGGUUUGGAUUCUUCAUUUGGUUCUUUGGACGUUUUUUGAAAAAUGAGCAAGGCAUGGAGAAUCAAGAUAAGACCUACACUCGCAUGAAAAGGAAAUCCCCCUCCGAACACAGCAAAGACAUGGGAAUCACCCGCGAGAACACCCAGGUCUCUGUGGAAGACCCCCUGAAUGACCCUCCCCUGGUUUGUAUCAGGUCCGACUUUAACGAGAUCAUCUACAACUCCUCCCAUCUGACGUCGGAAAACCUGACCUUGCACUUGAAGGAGUCUACCAGUGCAAUGGAGGCUGACCAAGACCCAGCAAGCUCCCCAAGUAGGCGGACGAACUAGAGUCUCUUAGGUGAAGAUAGCACAAAAAGCAACCCCGAGUGUAACUUCAAAGUCAUAAUCUUUCAUUUUGUAAAUGCCAGGUUUACAUAGCGUUAGGUAAGGAAAUACAAACAAUGCCACAACGGUGCUCAACAUGCUCUUUCUAGACUCAUUGUUUUCUACUUGUAUGAUGAUACACGUGCCUAUUGUAUGUUUAACGGUCCUCUAGAGAUUGCUUUUCACAACCGCACAAGCUAUUUACUGACUUUACAGUAGCGAGGUAGAUUAGCCGAUUACCCAUGUAUCUGAUGUCCGACCAUAGUGGUGCCUUGAGACAUUAAACUGUUUUUAACUGUACCAGACACGAAGUGUAGAAUGACUCUCCAGUCUAUUUCACGUGGGAUUUUUUUAUACAAUUAUUUUUGAUUUACACUUGAUGUCUGAGCAGGAAACAGACAUUGCUGAUCUGUGGCUACAG